AUGCUCGAAGAAUCCGCUCGGCAAGACCGCGAAGCUUCGAAAGCUUUUGAGGAGUUCGUCAAGCGGCUCACCUUCGUCGGCUUUGUCGACCAGCAGCACGAUGCUGUAUUGAAAAGUCCGCACACGAGAGUCCACGACAUCUGCUGUGAGAGGACCGAAAAGCCUAACCCGCCUCCCAUGUCUAGCCUGGCAGACCUUCCUGCAGAGAGAGACCACUACAGCGAUUGUGAGACAAUCGAAGACUUCACCGUCCCCGACUUCGUGCAUCAUCUUAACAAGCUUGUCAAAUACCACGGUAGAGACAGUCUCAGCAACAGAGUUGAGGACAACCGAGAAAUCUUUGAUCGUCUCCUAACACCGUUCGGCGAGCUUAUCUUUGGCCAAGGCAGAACGUUUGGUCAUGUCUACUUUGUCGACUUUCUCUCGUUUGCUGGAGUUUCUCGUGUCACUUCGUCCGUUCAGAAGCUUAAUCCCAGGGCCAUCAGACUUUUGUUUCGUCCUAAAGUCUGCGACCUUUUCGAACAGCUCGGCGUCGCCUUGUGGGCAGAGGUCGACGCUUUCGUCAAGAUCGCCGUGCUCGACUGUCUCAGUCCGCACGACGCCCAGGGCAGUGAUCAGGCUAGUAGCCUCACCGUCUUGACCAAGUUAAGCGUCAACGAAGAUAGCAUGGGACUUGGCGAUGUCGUGUCUGGGGUCGCUUCCAGCAGCGGCGAGAAAUGCGUUGGGCACCGUAGAUAUGCGCUGCGGCCGGUCUGCGACCCCGAAAGCCCCUUCCAGACCCUGUUUGACGAGGAAGAGGCCGAUGCCCGGGCGGCGCGCCAGGGAGCCGUCGACUCGGCGGUUGGAAGCGAACGGAUCUCGAAUGUGGCGCGCGUGGCCAGCUCCGAGGAUGGCAACGACGACGAUGAGAAUAACGGAGAGAAAAAGGGCAGGCCCAUUGUCACUUCCUGGACCGAACCGGCUGUCCUUGCCGGACUCUUGCCGCCUGGCGGGACGCUCAAGGCCAAAGACAUCACUGACGAAAACGACGACGGCGCGGUCUCUCUGCAGGAGACUGCUAGCGACAGUGGUGGAAAGCUGAUCGAGAGUGUGAUGCGUAUGGCUGGCAUCUACGAGGACGAGGACAGAGACGCUAUCGUUCAUCCUUGUGACCAGAUGACAGCCCCUCAUGGAGCAAUGUCUGCUGACUGUGCCAGCAAGAAGGACGGCGACGCUGACGGUUUGGAGUCGUAUUCUUUUGAUUGGGAAGUCCGGUUCCCAUUCCUGAACCUGGCGGCCAUCACUGACGCGAAUGACCGAAAAUGGUUCGCGAACCUAAUGCGCAAAGCUAGCCUCAGCAACGACAAGCGCAGUAACGGCGGCGAGUGGGGUUCUCUGUAUUCAAAGGACUCGAACCCUUUUCACAUUUUUUCGCAGGUCAUUACUGACGCUAAUGACCAAGAACGGUUCGCGAGGCUGAUUCGCAUGGCUCUCCUCGGUGCCGAUGCCGAGGCCCUCGACGACGUCGAGGUCAGUGGCGACGAGGUCAGUGACGACGAGGAGGACCACGACUCGCAGUUCCGGGCAGUCUGGGACAAGCAGCACAAGUGGCUGCGUGAAUUAGUGGCGCAGCAGCUGGGAGCGCACGAAUCCGACCGCCUGCUCGAGCAGCAGCGCGCCGCCUGCCUCGAGCUCGAGGGCAGCGACGACGACGACGGCCACGCCGACGCGCGGGCCCAGGCCGCCUGGGACAGGCUCCAGGGCGUGUCCCUCGAGCUCAAGGGCGCCGGGGGCGGCGAGCACGGUCUGCGGGUGCACCUGCGGGUGGCCGACGCCGAGCGCGCGUGGCUGCGCGAGGUCUCGACGCGGCUGGGCGCGUCGCACCGCCGCAACUGCGAGCUCCAGCGGCAGCUCGCCACGGCCGGCGGCACGAUUGUCGCGCUGCACCGCACGGCCAACAAGCUGCGCGCCUUUUCUUCUUCUUCUCCGGCUGCCGCCGGCGGCGACGCGCUGCUGCAGAUGGAGCUCGACGGCCUGCAGACCGAGCUGGACGCGGCCAGGACCGACGUGCUCACGCUGCAGAGCCAGACGAUGCGCGCCGAGGGCACCUGGAGCGGCCUGCUUGACCUGCUCUACGCGAGGGAGCGGGAGCUCGACAACGCAAAGGCCGAACUUGAAGGGUUGCGCCGCGCGCUGGAAAGCUUGCACCGCGCGCACGUGCGGCUCGUCGAGGCGCGUCAGGCGGCCGAGCGUGAAGCAGCCGAGGAUGGUGGCAUGCACGACUAA